GGACAACGGGCAGCCUCUCCCCGCUUGGCUCGAUGGCAUAUUUAGGGAUUUUGCCAACGCAACCAUAUAUGUACACAGUCAUGUAUCCUUAACCUUUUUUCAACUGACUCUCUUAUUUGUUCAUUAAAUCGGCCUUUAUUCAUAUAAUGCGUAAUCCAGGAAUGUAACGACUUAAUUGGCACGAGAAAACUCGAGAAAAUAGCAACUGCACAAAUCGCAAUGACUACAAUGAAUGGCUAAAUUACUUCCGGACACUAAGGUUCCGCGGAGCUCCUCCUCACUAUUCUUUAUAUUAGCGACACCCAUUCAGUAGAUAUUUGAGCAUUUUUAGUUAUCUGUUCAUGUAGUAGAUUGGAAUGCAAAGUUUGUUUGCUCAAGUGGUGUCCACUGUCCAGUGCAUCAGGGGGAGUUUUAAUUGCUGGUGCAACCUAUAUAGUGGGCUGAUGCAUUGCCGAAACGUCCAGACUGGAACCAAACAAUGGACAGAGUAGGCUGCCCUGCACGGGUGUCACACCAGUCCUUGAUGGCAGCUGCAGUGUCUGUGGGUUUUCCUUUCUCCAUUGCACUUAACUGAUCAGCCAAUGUUAUUGAUUUGAGGCCAACGUACACCAGUGAUGUACUAUAUUAGUUAAUGUGCAACAUCCUGAACUUUACAGAUAGAAAUGGAAUGAAUAGGUUCUAGACGAUUCCCAUUUCUAGAUGACAGAAAAGUUUUAUGCAGAAUACAUUUUGUCUAUCUGAGCAUACGGUAAUGUUGCAGCUGAACAGGGCCCUUGUUCUAAAUUAGACACUGACUAAAAGGGAAAAAGGAAUACCUGAAUCGUGUUCAUUAGCGCAUACUGUAGAAAAACAUUUUAAAAUAGGAAACACAAACAAGCUUAUUAAACAACAUUUCACUCCGUUUCGGGUCACUGUCUUCCAUUGCGUGCCUACUGAACAUGACCCAGCAGACACUGCAGCAGCCCUCCAGGUAUUGAGCCCAGCUGUACAGGCAUAAGCCCUGCAGGGUUUUAGUAUGGCUUCAGAGAAGAUGGAUGAUUGCAGUGGGACACUGGGGCUGAAUGUUUACGUCAAAGAGGAGGAGGAAGAGGUGCAGGUGGAGGAUUUCACAAUGAAGGACAAGGAGGCAUUCACAGUGAAGGAGGAGGAGGAAGCUUUCACAGUGAAGGAAGAGGUGUUGACUUUCACAUUUAAAAAAGAAGAGGAAGAGGUUUCAACAGUGAAAGAAGAAGAGGACGAGGUUAUCACAGUGAAAAUUGAGGAGGGUGGAGAGAGGCCUAGCCCCAGCACCGAGACUAAAUGGGGCUCGAAGAGUGGAAAAAGUUCGAUACAGGAACUGGACUGGCGAGCUCCUGUGGAGAAACCUCACUGCUGUUCCCAGUGUGGCAAAACAUUCUCAGAGUCCGGAAACUUGAAGCAGCACAUGCGGACGCACAGCGGAGAGAGACCUUACCACUGCUCCAAAUGCGGGAAACGUUUCAUACAAUUGGGACACUUCAACAGCCACCAGCGCACGCACACGCAGGAGAAACCGUUCAGUUGCGGUGAGUGCGGGAAGAGUUUCUCUCAGAGAAUCAAUUUGAAGAAACACCAGCUCACACACUCCGGUGAGAGGCCUUUCCUGUGCUCUGACUGUGGGAAGAGUUUCUCUUCAUCUACCAACCUAAAAAGACACCAGAGCACGCACAGCAAUGAAAAGCCUUUCCAGUGCACCAACUGUGAGAAAAGUUUCACUCAUAUACACCACUUGACACGUCAUCAGACCGUACACACUGGGGAGAAACCUUACACUUGCUCUGACUGUGGGAGGAGUUUCUCCCUCCAGGGGACUUUAAAGAAACACCAGCGCACACACACUGGGGAGAAACCGUACCAGUGCUUGCUCUGCGGGAAGAAUUUCUCUCUUUCGGUGGCACUGAAGAGACACCAGCUCAUGCACACUGGAGAGAAACCGUACCAAUGUUCUCAAUGCGGGAAGAGUUUCACCCAAAAGGGACAAUUAACUCAACACCAGGGCACACAUGAACUAGAAAAGCCUUACCCCUGCUCCCAGUGUGGGAAAAGUUACUCCUCAGCCCCCUCAUUAAAAGCACAUCAGAGGACUCACAAAGAGUCAACGUCACUCGCAAUGACAGCACAUUUCAGAAAGUAAAUUAUUGAACUGGUUGUCUCUGAUUGGGAUUGAUAGCCUACAUUUGAAACUAUAGAUUGUGCCUUAAAUGCUUUGUCAUGUUCAAACAAAACUCUUAGUCCCAAUUUCAUUUUCUCCCUGAAAUGUUCACUUGCACACUCCUUACAGAUUUAAAAGGAAUGGACUGGUUUGCAUUCAGUACCACAGAAUGGUGAGCAACCUUGAAUUCAAUGGAAACGGCACUUAAAAACUUUAAGCCAUUUGCAACCAUCGAUGGCCACCAGAUUAUCGCCAGCUGAUCUUUAGUUAAACCAAUAAUUGGCGCUAAAAUCACCUACACAGCUGAUCUCAAUUGCAACCAUUAUUGGACACCAUUACCUCUCCCUAAAGUGGAUGUUGGGCUUUACUCUUAGUUCUGAUUUUAAGACUAUUUUGCCCUCUGUUGGGUAUUAUCAUCAGAACAAUUGAAUCCUGUUAUUAUUAUUCUUUUUUGCAGAUUCAAGGUGAUUUUAAUCAAUUUGACAAUCAUUCCAUACAAGUAAAGUAUUUAAUUUUCUUGUUUUCCACAGCAAAUCUUCUAUGGCAGUGUAGCCUACCCUACACAUUUUAUGAUUGGAAAAAUCAUGGUGUAGGAUACAUUUAUUUCCAAUUUAUGUAAUCCAUUAAUUAUUUAACUUGUCUAAAUAAAAUAUGCAAUUUUUUUUUCCAUCAAGAGAGGUGAAGAACAUUUUCCUGAACUGUAGGAUACACAUUUGAAACAGUAUUGUAGGCAAUUUUAUA